GCGGACCCGCAGCUCCCGAGGAUCGACACUUUGUACAACAUCCCACUGUGGAAUAAGAAAUCAUUUUCCUCCUUUGCCCCUGCUAUAUCUGAGCUUUUUAUUUUUAUUAUUGUUAUUAUUACCUUAUUUUAUUUUUUACCUCUGAACUGUUAUGUGACAUUUUCCUUCCCCCUCGGAAAAAACCUCCGCCGUUUCUUUGACUACAUCAAGCAAGUCUUAUAAACUCUUGCCGUCAGACCGAUGAUGACAUCGAAAGAAGUGGCCAAAUGUGAUGCAGCGGAGCACAGGAGGCGAAGUCCGCUGGACCACUUGCCGCCUCCUGCCAACUCCAACAAGCCGCUGACUCCCUUCAGCAUCGACGACAUCCUGAACAAGCCGUCCGUGAAACGCAGCUACACCAUUUGUGGCACCGCUCAUCUCAUCUCGUCCUCGGAGAAGCACCGUCCGUCCAGCAUCCCUCUCUCCAGCCGGGCGCUGCUCACGCAGACCUCGCCGCUGUGCGCGCUGGAGGAGCUGGCCAGCAAGACCUUCAAGGGCCUGGAAGUCAGCGUUUUACAGGCUGCCGAAGGUCGGGACGGAAUGACUCUUUUCGGCCAGAGAACCACCCCGAAGAAGCGUCGGAAGUCCCGGACGGCCUUCACCAACCACCAGAUCUACGAGCUGGAGAAGCGCUUCCUGUACCAGAAGUACCUGUCCCCGGCCGACCGGGACCAGAUCGCGCAGCAGCUGGGCCUGACCAACGCGCAGGUCAUCACGUGGUUCCAGAACCGGAGGGCCAAGCUAAAGCGGGACCUGGAGGAGAUGAAGGCCGACGUGGAGUCGGCCAAGGCCAUCGGACAGGUCCCCCUGGACAAGCUGGCCAAGCUGGCGGACCUGGAGAAAUGCGCCAACGGCACGCUGGGCCACCCGCGGCCCGAGUCCCCCGCGCGGGGGCCGGGCCCGCACGGGGAGCGCGGGCUCGGGAACAAACUGCGGACGUCGCCGCUGUCUCCUUUCUCAGACCACACAACUAGUAAAGAGUGCUCGGAGGACGAGGACGUGGAGAUUGAUGUGGAUGACUGAUGGCGCAUGCAGCGAGGAGCUGGAGGGCCAACGCAUCCAUAUAGACAAUAAAGAAGAGAAGAAAAUCCAAGGAGAACUUGUACACUUACUGCUUAUAUUGUAUACCAUGACUCAGAACAUGUACCAAAAUGUAUGAAUUUUUUUAUCGGCACAGAUUGACUUAUUCAUAGUGAAAGCAUGAACGCAGAGAAAGAAAUAUGCAGUGAUAUUUUACAGUAUAUUCAUUAGCAAACUGUUACUUCUUUCGAUCAAAGCAAUAUGGUCUAAAAUAACAUGAGUAACUUUUUUUUUUUACACAGUAGUACACUACACAGAUGCAUUCAAAUGCACGCGGGCGCAUACUCACACACACACACACACGCACGCACGCACGCACGCACGCACGCACGCACGCACACACACACACACACACACACACACACACACACACACACACACACACACACACACACACACACACACACCUGUCCUACUGCUUUUCCUGUAAGGCCUGUCUCAUCACACCACAAUGAAAGUGCUCGGGUUUUCCAUUUGCUUGCAUGGAAAUGCAUGAUUUGAUUUGUGAUCAUCAUCUAUUUAUUUUCCCCCUUUUUUUUUUUAUUUCAUCGCUCUGGUAAUACCUGUGAGCCUGCACGACUGCCUCGCCCCUGGCGGCUGCUCUCCUCUUCUCCUGCCCCUCGUCAUUGUUUGACCGCAGCUCUUCUGACUUCAGUGCGGAUGAUGAUGAUGCCGACGACCGGAGAGGCAGUCCGGAGACUCACAGAUAUCUGCCUUUAUUUCCUGGAAAUGUUCGAGCGAUGUCGAGAAACGGCAGUUAAAAUU